GCGACCACGGUUUUGGAUGCGACACGUAAUCUGCCGUACCUGGUUCAUGGUCAGGGUGUAAAGUUAGAGAUUAUGAGUUGAGCCUCUUCAUGUCUGCGGGUUUUUAACCCAUUUGUAUGAAAUCAAUGGGUUUAAUUGCGUUUAAUAGCUCCGUGGUUUAACCAAGUUAGAAGACGCCGCGCGCUCUGGUAUGGAAUUACUCCGUGGGCUCCCGGACCGGCCACGCCAGGCAUUUUGACAUUCCCUGAGGCUGAAGUGCGCGCGUGGACCUGUGGACGUUGGGCACGUCUUAGUCAUACCAUAGAGCUUGUAGCUCUAUGGUCAUACUCAUAUUGACUCUUAAUAGGCCUAGGUCUACAUCAUGCUUGCUAGUGCACUAGUAUUCUGAACUACAUGUAGCUGAGCUUGCAAUGACAAUGUCAACUUCUCGCAACGCAGAGGUUCUGCCUUAAAAGCAUAUGGAACAGGAGUGGAAAGCUGUGCACAAUAUAUUUACAAGCGCUUGGGGCUGACCUGAAGGAGAAAAUACACUGUACCGAAUCAAACCCUGGUCAAAUCUCCUUGGGUCCCCAGCCAGGCCCCCUCUCAAUGUUGGGUCACACUGCACGAUCUGUGCUCCAGCUCAAGAUGACAACAAUGACAAGGGGAGUGGGGUACCUGGAAUAUGCAUGUAGAACAUGUACAAAGGGUAUGGCUAUUGCAUGUCCCAACAAUUUUGUCCAGGAGUGUCUGAGCUUAUACGCGCCUAGUAUGUGUGUAUGCAGGAAGGCUGGUUGGGCCCCCUGAAUGUGCUACGUACAUGUACGUUGCGGAGGGAAUGUAAUGAAGACUGGCAUCUAACCUGAGCUAGCAGGAGGACAUGCUAACUAUAUGUAUAUCCUUUGAUACCCAUGAUAGGACAAUAGAUUUUAAGGAUGUCAAGUUUGUUAUGUAACAUUGCCAACAAGGUGAAAUGUUUUUAUUAGGUACACUGAGGUAAUGCAUAAGAUGUUUGUCAACUGUGCAGCACAAAGACAAAAUUGUAAUGAUUGCAUAUAAUUUCUUCUUCACCUUCACGGAACAGAGCACAAAAAUGUGGUGCACAUGUGAUAUUCAUGAGACAAUAAAUAACAACGGUGAGCUGCAACACAUUUAUGUUUCACACUUCCCUUCUUGUUGGGUUUUUGAUGGAUCUUUGUAUUUUUGAGCCAAUUCGAAAUAUUCAAAUUAUUUCAAUGCAAUCAACUAAAUGGGGGUGAAAAUAUUUUUCAUACAUUGCAAAAUGAGUAGGUCAAUACUUGCUGAAAUAUUGUGUCAGAGAAGUUCAUUGCAGCUACAUUUUAAGAUAUGGAAGCUCCUAACGUUACUUGUCCCAGCAACAUCACUGGGAUGGGCACUGAUACUGGAGUGAGGACUGCUGUCGUUGAUUGGUUACUGACGCCAACAUCCAUUGACAAUGUUGAUAUCAUUGAUGCUGCCAAUAUUACGUGUGAAGAUGACUCGGGCAAUGUUGUGAUGUCAGGAGGCACAUAUGACUUAGGCACAACCACAGUGACAUGUACAGUUAAUGACACGGCUUUGAAUGAAGGAUCCUGCCAAUUUACCAUUGGUAUUGUUGAUAUGGAAGCUCCAACUGUUACCUGUCCCAGCAACAUCACUGGGAUGGGCACUGACACAGGAGUUAGGACUGCUGUCGUUAAUUGGUUACUAACGCCGACAGCCAUUGACAAUGUUGAUAGCAUUGAUGCUGCCAACAUUACAUGUGAAGAUGACUCUGGCAAUGUUGUGAUGUCAGGAGGCACGUAUGACUUAGGCACAACCACAGUGACGUGUAAAGUCAAUGACACCACUCUGAAUGAAGGAUCCUGCCAGUUUACCAUUGGUAUUGAAGAUACAGAAGCUCCCAACGUAACCUGUCCUAGCAACAUCACUGGGAUGGGCACUAAUACUGGAGUGAGGACUGCUGUCGUUAAUUGGUUGCUAACUCCAACAGCCAUUGACAAUGUUGAUACCAUUGAUGCUGCCAACAUUACAUGUGAAGAUGACUCGGGCAAUGUUGUGAUGUCAGGAGGCACGUAUGACUUAGGCACAACCACAGUGAUGUGUCAAGUUAAUGACACCGCUCUGAAUGAAGGAUCCUGCCAGUUUAUCAUCAGUAUUGUUGAUACCGAACUUCCCAUUAUUACCUGUCCUAGCAACAUCACUGGCAUGGGCACUGAUACUGGAGUGAGAACUGCAGUCGUUAACUGGUCACUAGCUCCAACAGCCAUUGACAAUGUUGAUACCAUUGAUGCUGCAAGCAUUAUAUGUCAAGAUGGCUCAAACAAUGUCCUGACAUCAGGAAGCACAUAUGAUGUAGGCACAACCACUGUGACAUGUAGAGUUAGUGACACUGCCCUGAAUGAAGGAUCCUGCCUUUUUACCAUCACAGUUGUUGAUGAUGAUAAUCCAAGUGUUACCUGCCCCAACAAUCCUCUUUCCGUGAUGGCUAGCUUUGGAAAUACCAGUGCCACUGUGUCAUGGCCGUCUGUGCCUUCAGCUACUGACAAUGUUAACACCAUCAAUGCUGCUAGUAUUAUAUGCCAAGAUGAUUCAGGCAAUGUUGUGAUAUCAGGAGGCACAUAUGUAAUAGGAGUUACUACAGUGACAUGUAGAGUCAGGGACAGUGCUUCAAACGAAGGAUCCUGUCAGUUUACUGUUACUGUUGCAGCAUGUGGACUGGAUACAUCUAGUUGUGCUAAUGGAGGUACUUUUGAUGGACAGUAUUGUGAAUGCGUGUGUCCUCUUACUCACUCAGGAGAAACCUGUGCAGUGGCAAAUCCAUGUUUGAAUAGUCCUGGGACGCUGUGUUCAGAUGCAACAACAGGACAAUACUGCCUUCCUUCCUUAAAUGCUACAGGAUACGUGUGUCUAUGUCGCACUUUUGAUGGCUAUUUUAGGAGAUCAAAUGCAUGCACUUCACGUCCAUCAAUAAUUGUCAUCAUAAGAGCCCCCUUAGAGUUGUUCAGAGAUGUCUUCAACAAUCCAACCUCAACAGCAUUUCAAAACAAGGCGGCCAUACUCAGACUGCUGGUUUUGAAUCAACUAGGAAAUGAUUCAGCCACAAGCAGCAUUGUAUCAGUAGAUGUCAUUAACAUCCAGUCAGGAAGUAUUGUGGUUACCAUGGUGUUGGAAUUCCCAGAGAAUCAAGUUCCACCAAGGGCUGAUGUGAUAAGAGUUUUGUCAACCACUAAUCUUUCAGAUGGCACUUUAACUAUACCCAUUGAUCCUACAGUAACUGUACAAGAUGCAACAACAGCUUGUGCAACGGACUAUUGCAGUUAUGGAGGAGUGUGUGUGAAGUCAGGGUACUACUUCCCUGAGCUUACCUACACCUGCAGUUGUCAGACUUCAUUUACUGGGGAGCGAUGUGACACAGUGAUUACAAUUCCUACAGAGCCAUCAACAGUGACACCAAUCACUACAGAAACUCCUCAAGGUGGAAUAUCUACUCUAGCCUUAGUCCUCAUCGUUGUUGGAUGUGUUCUCCUCCUUUUUUCCAUUGUGGGUCUGUUCCUGUGUUUCUUGUUCCUUCAACCACGUCAGUAUGCAAGAGGUUUGAUUCAGAGAGACUACCCAAGCAAACCAGUGACAACAUUUGUUCCUAUUCAUGAUCAUCGCAACACACAUCCAGAUGAUACAUACCGCAUGUCCAAUGAAAUGAGAAAAGAUCAUUUGAGGCAUCAAAUAAGUUGGCCUCCAUACAUGAAGCAGGGAUUGUCCAGUCGUCGAGAAUUUAUUCGGCCAUAUGUUGCUUCAGGAAUGGAAGGAUCAUACAUUAACAAUCCAUUGACAAAAGCCAGUGCUGCAGGUCCUGUUGUGUACAAUCCCAGUUUCUCUCACUACCUUUAGAUGUCAGAGAUCAGAAUAGAGCAUUGUCGGAAGUUUGUGGCUUGAGGUUUGUAGCAUAAAAGGUUACCGGGUACUGUCCUCCGUAGAAUUAUAUCUUGUGUCCUCACCACACUUUUAGAACUAUAGAGGGCAUUUUGUAGCCUACUUGCUAAAGUCAGUCAUGGGUAUAUUGCUUUCAUACAUAAUGCGUGUACCUUAUUUGUUCUAUAUUGUAGGGCUUUACUCAGAUAUGUCUGCAUAUUAUCAAGUGUGUAGGUGGUUGGAAGGUAAUUUGAAAGCUUUUAAACUUAAAAAGUUAUCAGGAACAAAGAGUUGUUUUUAAAAAUCCAAAAAGUUGGUACAAGGUCCUCUUUAGGGUGAAAAAUAAUUUGCCAUGAAACUUUUCAAACCUUUUGCCAUGAAACUUUUCUAAAUAUUGAACUUGAUGUUUACUUCAGAUUUGUUUUCAAGCAAUUGUUUGAAUACAAUUAGUAACAGUGCAAAAACAUUGUUGUUUUCCUCUCAGUAAAUACAAAAGCAAUCCAUAGUUGCAUCUUUCUCAUCGUGUACUUCUAUUUAUGGUGCUGCAACUUUUUGUUAUCAAGCAUUAAUGAUAUAUUUAUAAUAUGGGUAGAAAAUCCAACUAUUUUACUCACAUAAUAAUCUUAACUUAGAUGCUGCGUAAAUUAAUUUGUGAAUUAUGAAGCAGUGACUUCAGGACAUAAUUCUGAAAGCAUAAUAUGCACAGUUUGUUCCAAGUACAGGCUAAAACAUUAAUAGUAUAAGUUGUCAUUAAACUCUACCUGUAGGUUCAGUUUUGUUCAGUCUAUCUACACUAUUGAAAAAAGGCAAAAAGUGGUACGUAUAAUUGAAUCCCUGGCAGAGCCUCAACGUGAUUGUGUCAUGGUUCAAAUGAAUAGUAAAUUGUAAACGUGCUCAAACCUCAAACUGCCACUGAUUGUAUUAGCUAACUUUCCGAAAUUUGGCAAAAUGUUCCAUGGCUAUUUUGCUGACUUCGCAUAAGUUUUCCAGGGCCUCCAUACACCUUUUGUAUACGAGGUCACCUCAGUGAGGUUUCAGGUGUGUGCCUAUACUGAAGUGUGUGCAGUGAUGCAAGAACAGGAAUAAUGUAUACUGGGCGUUGCUUGAUUUCAGUUGAACUGAAUUGAACUUUUAACUGUUCUAUUGAGUUCCAUGGUUUGGAAAAACAUGUCGCUCCUUCAGUUCUGUGUGUUUGACUCCUUUUGGAAUUGUAAAAAAAAAUUUAAAUGGGGGGGGUGGGUGGGUUUGUGUUUGAUUCUUUGUUGCGUAUGUUGUCCCACACUGAACUAGCGCUAAACCUUUUCCUUCUACGUCACGGUCAAAGCUUUUGCCUACUGAUUGUUGGUAAACACCAGCUGGCGUCAGUUCAAAGCAAAAAACCAACUCACAAAAAUAUUACCUUUAUGUUCACAACAGUAAGUAAAUACUUGUAAUCAGGCAUUGUCUGCAUUUAUUCAGGCGUCGUUUUCUUUCCUCUUCGGGUGACAGACCAAAUGUUCCAUUCCAUGUUUCACUUGAAAUUAUUCUUUCCUUUGAAUUAUAAGCAUUAAUUGUUAUAUUACAAAUGAAAGGAAUUAAAACAUAUUCUUCGAGAA